AUGAAUUGUAACAUCUUUAGUUGUGAUAUGCCCUACUCUCGACACGGAUGCAAUGGGAAUGUAACAGAAUACCCCUAUAGCACAGAGUGUCAGUUCUCCUGCAGUGAAGGCUAUAAACUCAUCGGUUCCGGCUUGAGAAAAUGCCAAGACAAUGGGCUCUGGAGCAGAGGAGGGGAAUUCUAUCGCGAGAUUGUCACCUGCCCAGUGUUGUCACUACCGACCUAUGGUGUAUUCUUGGGAUGCAACACUAAUGCGACGGAGAUGUUAUAUGGCACGGAAUGCUGGUUCUCUUAUAAGGAAGGAUCUGUAGCAAUGGGUUCAAUAGUGAGGAGAUGUACGGCAAAUGGAACCUGGACUGGAACAGAUCUUGAGUGUACAGUAUCGAGGCGUCUGUUCAACUCUCCUCGUCUUUUGGUUUCAACGCGUCGCAGCAUAAUUGUUGUAAACUUUGAAAACAACUCAAGCCUCACAGUCAUUUCUAAUUUGAGAAGUACUUGGGGUUUAGACUUCCAUUACAACUUGGACUACAUAUUUUGGAGUGACUUGUCAGAACGAAACAUCAAGCGUUCGAAUAUGGACGGUACCAACAUUGCAGUGAUCCAAAACUAUGUGUACAGUUAUGGGCUAGCAGUGCAGUGGAACUCAUUGCAGUUGUAUUUGGCAGAUUUCAACAAUCACAGCAUAUCAGUGUCAGAUCUCGAGGGAAAUAACAGAACAACUGUCCUUUCUACAUUUCAGCCUUUUGAAAUUGUUUUAGACCCACACCAAGGAAUGAAUCAGGGCCUUUUUGACAGCUAAAGGCCCCCAACAGAAUCAGAAUAGCGUUUCUGUCCUGGUCAUUUUAUCGGUCGUCUCGACAUCGCUCGGAUCUCUUCUAGCUUGCUGUCUGUCAGAUGCUGUACAUUCCAUUGACAAACUCGCAAACCUUUUAGGCUCUAAGAUUCACCGGGACCAGGCUGGAUUCCUACAUCAUUGGUCAGCUGCAUGGGUAGUGGUGAGACAGGCAUCGAGCAUUCAUCGGCAGCCGAAGAGAACUCGCGUUUAGUUUGAAACGAGUCCAUUCGAUCUCGUCGCACUGGAGUUCGUGUU